GACCAUAUUGCGGGGUACUUACAAUGUUUAAGGAGUUUAGAAUUACAUUUGACGUGACAUUAAUCAGCGUUGCCCUGUAUAAACAAAGACUGGUCUUAAGUUUUGUCUACCAGAUAACGUGUAUGAUACUGUAUUACAGACAGAUAACUGAAUAAGAGCAUCCCAAUUAGCUACAUAAUUAUUCCGAAAGUGACACCACAAACUUUCAACAUUGUAGACUUUGAUAUGCAUUUUUUGAGGAUAAAAGGUUUUUUUUAGUCCAUCGUUGGACUAAUUAGAGGAUAUAUGUCUCGCAAUUUUGUACUGAUUCAACAUGUAAAGGAAAUGAUAUUUUUGUAAGAACUGCUACAAAAAUGAGGAAAAAGGCAUCUGGCAGAACGCUGAAGAAAUUUUUGGCUAUAUUUAACGUAAUAUUCUGGUUUGCAGGUGUGGGAUUUCUUGGACUUGGUAUUUGGUUGUACUUAACUUUACAAGAUUUUCGAGCUGCCAUUGAGCAUGCGCACUUCAUUCUUCCGGCUUAUCUACUCAUAAUUUCCGGCGGAGCUGUUGUGAUAUUUGGAGUGAUUGGGUGUAUAGCGAUUUUUGCUGAAAGCAGAUGUCUGUUAGCAUUUUACUGGGUGUGCAUAAUUUUUGUAUUAGCUGCGGAUGUAGCAACAUGCGUGAAAUCAUUCUUUUUAAAUGACGAGGUAGAAUCUCAUGUUACAUACAGACUUAAUGUGACGUCAAUGUAUAAAUAUAUAUAUGAUGAAGAUAUGACUGACGCCAUAGAUACGUUACAACAAAAGUACGAAUGUUGUGGUGUUAGAAACUAUAGCGAUUGGUCAGGAACUUCCUACAAUAAAAGAGCCCGUAGUCUGCUCACUAAAGGAAUCCACCCGUACCCUGAAUCCUGCUGUAGGGACAAUAACAGCUGCAGUCUGUUGCUGUCAAGUAAUCCAGAUAUAUUCAUCCAGGGAUGUUUAUAUCCAGUAGUUAAUCAAAUGAGGCUGAUAUUAUCUUUGGUUGGCUGGUCCACCCUUGCAAUAUCUGCGUAUCUGGUAAUAGAGAGUUUCAUGGUGUGCUGUUUCCGCGUUGCCGUCUCACGGUAGAUUGCAGACGGGCCAAUUUCCUGUCAAACUGUUUAUGAAGCAAUUCCCAAACCGUUUUAUACUCUUCAAAAAGUCAGAGAGGAACAGAAACAGCUGGCUAUGGAAAAAUUUAAAUAAUUCUGAGUUUAUGCUUCACAGACAUUAAUUGAAACCUGUUAUACUAGUAAAAUGCAAUCAAUUAUGAUAAUUUAACAUCUUCAAAGAACCUUGAGAAAACGAUGUGAUUAUUUCAUCGAGUAUGAAGGGAAAAGCCGAGGCGCUCACCUGUCACUGUUUCCUGACCAGUACAUUUUGUAAAACUAAUUGGCAUACAUUUUGUCAACAAAAGACAUCUGAAUACUUCAUUUUUUUAAAGCACAUCGUCUCUUAGAAAAGGACAUAAAGGUAACAUGGUGUCACAAAUGUAACAGUUCUGGGUCAUAUAGGUAACAGGACAACACUAAUGGCGAUUAUGUUACAAUGUGUUCAGGGACAAUGCACCAGUAACUUCCAAAGUCUAUAAAAUAUUAUUAUGCCCUAGUACUCAAUAUCGCUUCUAUCAUCAUGUCCGUAAAUUAUGUAUCCUGACUGUACCUAAGUACUAUAAUGCAUGUGCAGUGGUAUCCACCCUUUUACAAGUGUUAAUUUUAUCACCAAGAAGUGUUUUUUUAAGUGCUGAUAAAAACUGUUGUAGUGCUCAUAAAAGCUGGUGUCACAUUUAUGACUUCGAACUGUUACUUGUAUGACAUUGUUACCAUUUUCUCCCUUGUUACCUUUAAUAUUGCAACGAUCGCCGUAUAAGAGAUGUUGAGAUUUUAUGUAUGUAGAAAUACGUGUGCAUGAGUCUUUAGAUGUACAGAAUGAUAUUUACACAUCAUAAAAGGCGUAUUAAUAUCUUAUCAAUUUUGAAAAAAGACAGCAUACAUUUUAAAAAUAAAAUAAAAAAAAAAGUUUUCAGUUUAUAUU